CUAUAACCAUGGGUUGCAUUCAGAACGUUCACCCGAAGAAGUACGGCCAGGGAUCCAGGCAAUGCCGCGUGUGCUCGAACAGACAUGCCAUAAUCAGAAAGUACAACAUCAACAUAUGCAGACAAUGCUUCCGAGAAAGGGCCGACAUUAUUGGAUUUAAGAAAGUACGUACAUAUCUUUGGGAGUGA